AUGCCGAAGGGCGCGCUGUCUAUCGCCACAGUCGCAGUCGAACGAACGUGGAAUAUGUGGAAGACGGGGCAUUUUGUUCAACCAACCAAGGCUUCUCAGCGCCAAUUUGCCGAAGGACUCUGGAGCUACAGCAUGGAGCUCAUCAUGGAGUCCAUUGACAGAGCCACUCAUCGUAAAUGGAAGAAGAUCUUCAAGGGUGCUGCUCCAUUCAUCGAUGCUCAUCGGAAACGACCGACUCGGCGCACACAGUUACAGGCUAAGGGUAAGGGUGUGAAUGGUCGAACUGUCUGUGUAGAUGUAGAUUCUCAUUCGGAUUCUGGUUCUGAUAUCUUGCUCAUGGCCUAA